UCGGUUAUUAUCUAGUAAAGGUGCCCAACCCCCCCGGGAGGGCAGAGUGACAUUGAGUGGCGCGACAGAUCACUGGCCAUUGCUCUUUUCACCCAAGACUAUUGUUUGACUGUUUAUUCUCGGAAAGGGAUGAGAUCGCACUCGAGGAAAUACUCGGUUUCUUGGUAAACGCUUCUCGAAUCCCCAAAUUACCGAAUGCCCCCAAACCAAUCGAUGCUUCAGGAAUACAAACUUCGAUAAGAAUAAGACCACGUGCACCAAAUCGUGAUCGACGUUGUGCUAAUUGUGAAUAAUCAUUUCUCGAAGGGAUCUAAUUUUCUGCGAGAAGAUACCAUUCACUGCAUAGCAUCGCAGGUCACCACAACGGUGCAACGAUAGCUAUCCCAAUUCAGCAUAAAAUGUCUCCGUGGUUUCGAUGGAAUCUCUGUUCCCAUGUUCUUCAAGAGUCCUUCCACGAAAUUCAGCCAAUGAGCGCGAGGUUUGGUUUGGAGCGGCAGUAGAAGGCUUCCAUAGAAGCUCAAGCCCCAGGCUCCUCGUGUGCUCCGGUUGAAACGCCAGCAAUGUCGCGUCAUGUAAAUAAUUAGUUUCAAAGCAGUAAAGCAAGAGUAACAUAAGAAUAAAGGGCGCGCGCGAAUGGAACUGAUUCCAACUCGCGUUUGAGGUCGAGUCGUCGAAAAUAGUCGAGAAGACGUUGUAAUAAUUGAGCAGCUCGCCCACAGUCUCACAUGGAACGCUGUGCAUCGCGAUGAGCGCUCGGUGGUUGUCUCAGCAUAACUUAUCGACAUAUUCUCGAGCAGUCAUACAGAGAGACGCGGAGCGCAGAAGGUAGCGAGUCGAGCGACUUUGUAAAAUAGCGAAGAAGAUCGGUGAUGUGUGCUUGCAACUGUCGUCUGCGUGACUCUGUGUAUGUAAUGUACAAUGUGUAAUGUGUAAAGAGCAACAGGGAUGCAUGCUCGACCUUCCAGUUUUGAAGCAAAUCCUGGAUGGGUUCAGGAUCAGUUUCAAGAUCACCGAAAACCGACACAGGAUGAAAAUAGGAAUGGAAGCGUUAAGGAGAUGGGUAAAUAAGUAAAGCAAAAAACAAUUCACACAAAACGUAACGCAACGAGAUGCCAGAGAGUUAUGGAACGUGUCGCUGCCUAAGUAAUAGGAAGUGAAGUGUGAUAGGAAGCUGAUAAGGCAGGUGCAAUCCCUCGCUAAUGAGCAAUCACGAUCAAUCGGCUCAACAGUCUCAGCAGCGCUGCUCAUUAAUGAGGACAAUUGAACGCCAACGGGGUUUUGGUCGCCAACAGGCACACAACCUGCUCGGUGGCGUUGCUGGAGCGGGAAUGAGAUAUUAAUUCU